AUGAAAAUUAAUUGGAGACAUCCGGAUAUCUUUGUUUCAUGGAGAGCACUUUUGGCUGAAUUUAUUGGUACAGCCAUUUUCGUGUUUUUAGGUUCCAUGAGUGCAGUCUUCUCUCCGAAAGUCGAACCUCUUUCGGCUGCUUUGGGUCAUAUCUUUGCUCUCUUGUGUUGCAUUCACAUUUUUGGUCCAAUUUCUGGCGCUCACUUUAACACUGCUGUUACCUUUGGUGCCUUAAUUACGAGAAAUAUUGGACUCACUGCUGGUUUGGCCUACAUGAUUGUUCAAUUAUUGGGAAGUAUUUUAGGAGCUUCAUUGUGUUUAGGAAUUGGAAAGAGUGUGGAAGCUGCUGUUUUUAAUCCACCAACUGAGUUAGCAGAUGCAUGGAGAGGUUUUGGUUUGGAAAUUAUUUUAACCUUUGUGUUGAUGAUUACCAUUUUUGGUACUGCUAUUAAGCCACAACAUUUCAGUAAGAAUGAUGGAAUGGGAUCCGUUGGUGGAUUAAUUGCCGCCUUUCCAAUUGCUUUUGCCUUAGGAGCGGAUGCCAUGGCUGGCCCAUUAACUGGAGCUUCCAUGAAUCCAGCACGUGCAUUUGGUCCUCAACUUGUUGGAAAUUUAUGGCCCAGACACUCCUGGAUUUAUUACACAGCACCAUUUCUUGGAAGUGCUUUGGGUGCAUUGUGUUAUGAAUUUGUAUUAACAAAACCAAAGAAAUUGAGUCAUUAUGCUUCUCUAUUGCAUAUCAAGACAAAGAGUCAUGACAGUGAUGAGGAAGAAGAAUUUAAUGAGAAGAAUGGUUUAUUGACAUCAAAUGCUUCUUCUUCAAAGGAGGGAAUUUUGUAUACCAGUACCAAUUAA